GAAGAGGAUCAAUAAGGUGUUGAGAGCAGUCUCCGUCGGCACAGAAAGGGAGAAACAUCAGAGCAGAGGGAAGCUGUGGACAUUCACAAGAUGGUGAAGAUGCAGUGGAGUCUGUUGGUGUUGAUUGUGAUGGGUCAGUGUUCCUCCAUUGGGGGUCAGCUGUGUGACUACCACUUCAUUGGAGAGAAUAUGACCUGGAAAGAAGCCCAGGAUUAUUGCAGAAAGAACCACACUGACCUGGCCACAGUGUCUAACCAGACAGAAAUGCAGAGACUCCUUGAAUCCACGACUGAACAGUAUCAAGGUGGAGCCUGGAUUGGGCUGCAAAACAACACAACAAACACUGUGUGUCGCUGGUGCUGGUCUCAGUCAGGGGUGGAGUUCAACGUGACUGAGAGUAAAUGGUCUCAAGGACAGCCGGAUAAUUUAGGCAAUCAGGAGAACUGUGUGAUGAUGAAUGGUGGCACAUGGCAUGACGACUCUUGUUCUACAAAAUAUAAAUUUAUCUGCUAUGAAGAAGACAACAAGACCGGCAAAACAUUUCAUAUCAGUGACCAUGCGAAGACCUGGCUAGAUGCUCAGAGCUACUGCAGAGAUAAUCACACUGACCUGAUCAGUGGAGUCAAACAGCUGAAAGACUUCAAGAAACAGUACCCAAAUGAUGUAAACCAAAUUUUCUGGAUCGGCCUGUUCAGAGACUGCUGGAGUUGGUCAGAUGGGAGCAGUUUCUCUUUCAGACUCUGGGAACAAGACCCUAAGAAGACAUGUGCUAUGACUACGUCAGAUGGAAAAUGGAGCUCUGAUGACUGUAAUAAUAAAAAACCCUUCUUCUGCUACAACGAUUCAGUGAUCCUGAUCAAGGAGAACAUGACCUGGGUGGACGCGUUAUAUUACUGCAGAGAUCACUAUCGUGACCUUGUCUCCAUCACCAACCAGGGCGAGCAGCUCUGGGUCCAGGAGAGAGCCAAGACGGCCUCCACUCCCUACGUGUGGCUGGGACUGCGCUACACCUGCACUCUGGACUUCUGGUUCUGGGUCACUGACGAGACGGUCCUCUACACCAACUGGGGCCCCGGCCAGUCUGGGGACGACUGCAACUUGUCUGGAGCCAUGGACCGAGAGGGAACGCACCAGUGGGUCAAAAUGAUCGACGACAACUACAAGUUUAAUUUCAUCUGUUCCAAGUAA